GGAAAGGGGAAAACGUGUUUGCAGGAAAUGAGAGAUAACCGUUAAUGAUAAAAGCAACACUGAAGUCACUGCAGAAAGACCAACAUGGCAAGUGACUUGUGCAGCCACGUGAAGGUGGUUGUUCGAGUGAGGCCAAUCAGCGAGAGGGAGAAGCGUGAAAACUGUCGAAAUGUUGUUCAGGUUGUUGACAAUCACAUGCUCAUAUUUGACCCCAAGGAAGAGGAUACAUCAUGUUUUGGGUCACGAAGAAUACGAAACAAUAUCAACAAAAAGGCUAACAAAGACCUUAAGUUUGUUUUUGACCGUGUCUUCGGUGAGAACUCUACCCAAGAUGACAUCUUUGAGAGCACCACAAAAGGAGUGUUGGACGGUGUGAUGAAUGGAUUUAACUCCACAGUGUUUGCCUACGGUGCCACUGGAGCAGGCAAGACGCAUACUAUGUUAGGCUCGCAAAAUGAGCCUGGGGUCAUGUACCGCACCAUGACAGAGCUGUUCAAACGCAUGGAUGAUGCCAAGGAGGAGAAAGAAUUUUCUGUGGCAUUCUCAUAUCUUGAGGUUUACAAUGAACAGAUCAGAGACUUGUUGGCUAACGUCGGCCCGCUUGCCGUCAGAGAGGACAGCACUAAAGGAGUGGUCGUUCAGGGCCUCACACUGCAUCAGCCCCAAUCUGCAGCACACAUUCUUGAGGCUUUGGAUUUUGGCAAUCGCAACAGGACCCAGCACCCCACUGACAUGAAUGCCACUUCUUCCCGGUCCCAUGCUGUAUUUCAGAUACAUUUGAGACAGCAAGACAAAACCGCCAGUCUCAAUCCUAAUGCCUGCAUUGCCAAAAUGAGCCUGAUUGAUCUGGCCGGCUCGGAGAGAGCCAGCGCCACCAAUGCCAAAGGUGCACGUCUGCGGGAAGGCGCUAACAUCAAUCGUUCACUUCUUGCCCUUGGAAAUGUUAUCAAUGCACUUGCUGAACCAAAGAGUAAGAAAAGUCAUAUACCGUACAGGGACAGCAAGCUGACGCGGCUACUUAAAGACUCCUUGGGGGGCAACUGCAGGACAGUUAUGAUCGCCAAUAUUAGCCCCUCUUCCAAGUUAUACGAUGACACCCACAACACACUGAAGUAUGCCAGCAGGGCGAAGGAGAUUAAGUCCUCGCUGAAAAGUAAUGUUGUAAGCCUGGACAGCCACAUUGGCCAGUAUGCAGUGAUAUGUGAGAAGCAAAAGCAAGAGAUUCUACAGUUGAAGAUAAAACUGAAUGAAUAUGAGAAGAACACGGUGCAAGGGGCUUCAAACAUGAUCUCAUCGCAAAAACAGGCCGAUUUCAAAAGGGUGUCAGAAGCUCUGCAGCAAAUCUUCUCGGGCCGGGCCCUAAUCAGGAAUGAACAGCUGGAUCUGGAGAGACAACUGAAGGAGAAUGAGCUGCGCCAGCGGUACACUGAGGAGGACAACCUGCAGGUCCAAUGUUUCUGUGCCAAAGAAAAGACCGAGAAGGCUACUUGUAAGCACGAGCGGAAGAUUGCCAGCUUACGCACUCGGCAGCAACACAUUCACAAACGUUUGAAUGAGACGGAGAAGCGUUUCCUGGACAAUGAUGGCUUGCUUCAUCGAAAACCGGCUGAAGUGAAACUGGAACCACGUCCCAGAAUGCCAAUCAGGAGAAAUUUGUCUGAGUCGCUGCCACAGCAAAGCCCCCAGACCGCUGCCAUGGCCCAGUUUGAGGAGAGCAUGUCCCCACUGCAGUGCACCCCAGAACCUUCACAGACCACAGUCUGGGUCCUGCCACAGAGCUCCUCCAGCGCCACGGACCCCAACAUGACCUUUGACGUUGUGGACAAUGACGAACAAACUGCAAGUAAUGCACUUAUCAAGCGGGGCUCGUCAGCAUCAACCUAUGGACUUCUGGCCCAGCCAACUGCCCAGCCGACUAAAAAGUAA